AAAAAAGAUGGAUACCAAAUCAUUAGAACCUGCCGAAAAUAAUAUAAUUGCUGAUGAUGAUCACUCAAAUAAAAAUCUUGCAAUUUUACCGUGGGAUCGGUUUAACAACUGGAUUCACUGUGCAUGUGUUGUCACAUUUGAUUUGGAACUAGGCCAAGCUAUGGAGGUUUUAAUUUCUUUAAAAAAUAUUAUAUUAAACUCUAUUUAUUUUGCCUUGUACUUGUCUUGUACUGACUAUUGACUAAAGUAUCUCUAUAGUAUAGUUUAGUAUAGUCUCACUAUAGACGAUAAUACUAGUCCUAGGACUACUUGUGUAGAGUGUAGUGAGUGUAAGUGUAGAAGUGUAGUGUUGUAAUUUAAAUUGUAACUUAGUAAGUUACAAUUUUACUUAAACAAAGACUUAAGACGUUAUCGUUGAAUUAUUCAACAGAAGCUCAAUUUAAAAAUAAAUAAUAAUUUUAAAAAGUACUUUUAAAAAAAACACGCUUUUCCAAAAAUUUACCUGAAGGUGUAAAAAAUUAAAUAAAUGCCCCCCAAAACUUCAGAGUUGUUACCUAUUACCAUCAUAGUAUUGUCAUAUGAUAUGCCUACAAAAAAUGCAUGCAGCAGUAUCACUAAUAUUCCAUUUGGGGGCCAUCCAUAAAUAAUAAAUGAUGCCACAGUCGCGCAUCUAGGGGGGGGGGCACAUUUUUGUGAUGAGGGGGGCCGGGGGGACUUUGACUUAAAAAUGUGACGUCACACGAAAAGCGGAGUAGUAUAGUAAAAAGUGCACUAAAUAACCCUAAAUUGCCUAAAUUACGUACAUUUUAACAAAUUUUCUUUUAUACAACAAUUAUUAUAAUUAAUUUAUUUUCAAACUACAAUCACUGAGAGAAUCAGUAUGGGUAUGCGAAGUCUGAGAAAUGAGAAAAGGCUGCCAUGGAGAAGUAGAAAAUGGAUAUCGUGACAUUAACAGUCGAGAGAAUUUAUGUCAAAAUGUGGAGUCAGGAAACAUAGAAUUAGGACUACCACGUGAAGUGGGAUGGAAUGAAAAAAGGGUUGAAAUUGGGGAGAGGGGGGGGGAGGGUUGCGUUCCCCCCACAGUAAAAAAUUAUAUUGUAAUAAAAUAAAAAUAUGAAAAUCAUUAAAUAAUUUAGUUAUCGUAGUUUUAUUGAUUUUGUUAACUUUUAUAAACAAGGAAAAAAACUACCAAAUACAAGCAAUGGGCAAACAAAAUUCUCAAGGAAAACAUCUACUGCUGCUAACAAAAAUGCAUAAGGACUGAUUUUUUUUAAAAAAGCAACAACAACUAGCAAUGGCAGCAAAUACAAUUUUCUUGUCUCCCCUGGUUAAGAACCACUGUUCUAAGGAAAUGUUUCUGACACAGGUGGGGUUUAUAAAAGACAGUAGUGAGCGGAGGUAUUGAGGGGUAGUCUAAUUUUUUGGGGGGGGGGGGGGGGGGGGGGGGGGGGUUGUUAAAAUAAUCGGCAAAGUUUGCGUAACGUCAUUUAUGGAUGGCCCCUUAUUGUCAAGAUCACUCAUGAUCGAUUGGAGUGGGCAAUUAUAAUUCAAAUGUAUGCAAUUGUCAAACAUUGAAUUUGUCAAGAGAUAUGAUGACAUUGAUUUGGACAUUGUAUUUCAUGGUCGCCCCAUGGUCGUAACAACUCAGAAGUUUUGGGGGAUAUUUAUUUAUACUUGAAUUUUUAGUACGUUUUUGGAAAAGUAUUUAUUUUUAAAGAUAUUUUUAAUAAUUUUUAUUUUGUACUUUUUAGUCUUGGAAGAUGUAAUAGGAGCUCAGGAAGUGGGUUGAAACAAUAACUAAAAAAGCGUGGAGCGCCCAUGAAAAUCAAAUAUAUGAAUGGUCAGUUGUGACCUUUCUGUGGUAAAAAUUUUGUUUCUCAUCCUUGAUUGCUAUCGGGAACGAGUAACCAUGCUGUAGUGAAAACCCGAUGGCCCUAUCACUUUCUGUUCUUGAGAUAUCCACAGAGGUCACUCAAGGAUCACUGGAGGUCACUGGUGACCCACUGAUCAUGAAAGCUUGUAUUGACAUUAUAGACCCACUGAAAGUGAUUUUUCUGAUUUUGGCCAGAACCGAAAAUAGACCAAAAGUUUAACAAUGACUUUCGGCCGAAACUGAAAAUAGGCAGAAAGUUAAAAAUGACUUUCGGCCGUAACCGAAUCCAAAACCGAAAAUGAAAUAUUUGGAUAUUUUGAAAUUCUUUCUCCUCAUACAUUCUGCAUACAUCGAAAAUGAUGGGGGAAAGUAUCAAUAUUUACAUUCUUUUUAUAAAAAUGAGAUAAUCGUGAAUAUUAAUAAAUAAACAUCUAAUAUAAGGGUCUCAAACUCUCGGCCCGCGAGCCAUUUGUGACCCGCAAGACAGUAUUUCAGCCACUUUUCAGCUUUUUGCUGACCCUUUGUCCUUUAAUGUGCAAGAUGCUCCCCCGUGGGGAACUGAAUGGAAAAACAGACAAGCAUGGACAUUUUAUUGCAUUUCCCUCCACCUUCCCUGAAAUUUUUACGUUGUUCAAGAGAAUCAUAUGACAUUUUGGGAGUACCUAUCUGUGAGAAAAGCUCUUUUCCCACUAUGUACUAUAACAAUUCAAAGUUCAAAGCCAAACUUACUGAUGAGCAUGUUUAAGCUAUACCGAGGGUCUCAUUUGCUUCCUCACUCAAGCCAAAGUUGGUCAGCUGUGUAAAAACGCUGCCAGGUCUCUGGCAACAGUGAGUAGGUGAAACAAAUUGAAUCCUAGUUCUUGAGAAACCUUAACGUUUUUAUUUGUUAUUUAUAAAGGUUGAUCAGAUUGUAACAGUUGUACUUUAAUGAAUUUGUAAUUGCUUUUUUGUGGAAUACUUGAUGCAGGCCAGUCUCACUCAGACUCUACCUACUGCGGCCCCCGGAUGAUUUGAGUUUGAGACACCUUCACUAAACUGUUUACAUUUGUCUAGGCCUAAUUGAAAUGUAAUUUGUUUGGAACUAUAGGACAGCACAAGUAGGUCAUCAUGCAGCUUUAGGCAGCUUUCGCUGAGUAUUAGUCAUAUAUAACAUACAAUGACAGCAAGACAUCGAUCACUAAUGAAUAUCAGAUUGUCGACCUAGAGACAGACAGACCGUCUGACUUCUGGUAGAUGACCGAAAACCUCAGUCCCUUUCGGCCAGAUGGCCGAAAGUCUAAGCCAAUUUCGUCCGAAACCGAGAAUAAGCCGAAAGUUAACUUUUCAGUUUCGGUCGAAACUAGGCCAAAAGUGAUAAAAUGGCCACUUUCGGCGCCGAAGCCGAAAUUCGGUCGGUCUCUAAUUGCCAUAGGGGGUGUGGAAGUGUAUAAAGUUCAGCUCAAAUGCAUGUCAGAAAGUGGGUAGAUGUGGGAAGAGAUGCGAGUUUCUACCACAAAUGGAUAGAGCAAAUCAAUACAUAGAGUAUACAAAAACAACUUAAACUGGGGCUAUUUCUAACUACUUUUCACUAGUUAUUCAUGAUUAACAUUUUAAAGACUUAACUAGUACUUUCACAAGUACUACUUCAUGGCCCUCCUGCUUAAAUGUUAGGGAUACUCUUAGUCGUGUCAUUGUCUCUACUGGGUACUUAUAAAAUAAUUAGGCCUAUUCAUAUUCUUCUUCAAAAUGUAUUAAGUUGCCAUGAUAAAUGUAUUGAUUAUUCUGUCUCCUGUGUAUGUAGAGGGGAUUCGCAAUGUUUCUGUGCCUGAUAAUGAUAUUGAAGAGGAUAUUUCACUGGUUGUAAUCUCAAGUCUGAUGGAAGGCUACUUGAACUAUAUCUUAAAUCUUAAUGUACUAAUGUAGGCAACUAUUUUUUAUAUGUCAACUUGAAAGAAACAUGCGUAUUAUGGUUAAUUUUCCAUGUUUGAAUGUAGGUGGUGCCAGCAACAUAGGUGGUAUGAGAGCAGGGCAGCAACAGCAAGGUUCAAAUGCUUGAGUUUGAGUGAAUGAAUAGUGCUCACUUCUUUUUUUGUACCCAGUUAUUUGCCUUAAUAAAGGUUUACCCUAAGGCAGUGGUUCUCAACCUUCCUAAUGUUGGGACCCUUUAAUAUCGUUCCUCAUGUUGCGGUGGCCCCAACCCGAAAAUUAUUUUUGUUGAGAACCAUUGCCCUAAGGCCUGAUACACAGUGUGUAUGUAUAGAUUAAACAUUUUAUUUUUUCCUAUUUAACAGCUCAUUUAUCCAGGACAUGUCACUUUAACUGACAAAGAGGUAAGGAACAAUAAAAUAUAUAUAAGAAAAAAUUAUUUUGAUAAUAACUGUGCUUUACUGAAUUAGUUAUUAUUUUCAAGUGAAAUUUUAAUAAUAAAACUGUUUUUUAACAUUUGAGUAGAAGCACGGUCUCUUCACAUUUUGCCAUCAUUACAUUCUUGUAGAAACUCUGAAAAUCUUGAAAAAUUUAUUGAAGACCUUUAAAAAUUGUCCUACCAUUCAUGCUUUGUAAAUAGAAUAUUGAAAUUAGGAACAUAAAACUAACAUAAGUUUUUUUUAUUCAACAGAAAAUGAACAUAUGCUAUCUUUCUUUUCCCGAUUCUAAUUCUGGUGAGUCAUUUAGCAGUUGAAGUGAUUAGAAAAAUUCACUAUUUAGCAUGUUAAAUUAUUUAGAACACUUUAUAUGUUUCAAACCUCAAAGCAAAAUUAGUAACAGUAACAUGUCUUAGAAUCAACAGAUUUUUGUUUGACCACUUAACUAUGAAAAUAAGUUAAAAGGCUUAAAAAGUUUGAAAGAAAUAUCAGACAAAUUGCAUUAUAAUAUAUAUGUAUAAACCGCCAUGAAGUUUAAAGUACAAAACAAAUCAAGAAUAUAAAAAAAGAUGACUUUUUAUAUUUAAUUGUCUUUCAUGCAGAUAAAUAUUUUUUACUUAAAAAAAAAAACAACAACUUUUUUUGAAAUAAUGCUAUAAGUUAUUAUUUACAUAAUUUAAUAGGAUGUAUGGGUGAUACACAGUUUCACUUCCGGAUACGGCAGUGUCCUGGUAGAAAACCACCUGUUAGAGCCCAUAGCCAGUACAACAGGGACUGUCCUGUAUCAUUGCAAGUGUGUUUACAUUUUAACCUGUUUAAUUAUAUCAAACCUUCAAUGUUGCAAAUUUAUAUACUUUUAAUUGAUUUAAUUCUUUGUUUUUUUCACAUGGACUAAAAAAAAUUUCAAUGAGAUUAAUGAUAAUGUAUAGAUUCUAUUAUAUAUUAAAUUAUGUUUUUUACCAGUUGGAUGAUGCCCACUACUAUGGAUUUGUGUACUUCAGACAGACAAAAGACAGAUCCAUAAGAAGAGGAUAUUUUCAAAAGGUUAAUUAAUUUAAAAUAAUAUUGUUAAAAAAUGUUCUCAUUUAUGACUGACUCCUGAAACGGCAAACAAAUAUUUUCAACAAUGGUUUAAUUAAGUUUUAAAGUGGUUGAAGUAAGAAAUUUUAUCAUAUAUGAGAAGAAUAACAUAUAAAAACUAAAUUUUUUUGUAUCUUUAAUGUACUGCAUAAUGCUUUCAUAAACAUAUAUCACUGUUGUUACUAACAAGUACAAUGCCAGGUUUAAUAUAAUGGUCAUAUAGAAAUUGAAUUACCCCUUUAUUACAAAUUUAAAUUAUAAAGAAAGAUUAACUUUAUCAGCUGAUUUUGCUGGUAUUUAUUUAAAUUCUUUUAAUUUUAAGUAAUGAUAUCAAUAUUUUCCAAGGAUAACUUUCAAAGCUCUUUUAUCUACAGUCAGUAGUGCUAAUCACUAAACUGCCUUGCGUGGCCUUAUUCAAUCAAGUGAUCAGUAUUAUAUCCCCUGAGUACUUUGACAAUGGGGAGCCUAGUCUUGAAGCUGGUAUGUCUUAUGUAUAUUUCAACAUUGACAAAUCCUUAUCACAAAAGUCAAUGAAAAAACUCAAUAUCAAAAGCGAAUAAGAUAAAAUCAAGAACAAGUAUAAUAAAAACUUCUCAUUUGGUCAGUUAUAUUUGUUAUCUUUAAAAAUAAACUCCAAAAGGCUUAGCUAUAUUUUGUACUAGAUAAAAAUAGCAUCAAUUGUACAAUUGUGAAAUUUUUGCAGCUAACCAUUUCCAUAAUAAAAACAUCUCCAGCUUGUCAUGACAUCGAUCAGUGGCCUCUACCAGUUCCUGGAGACACUCUAAACUUGCCUAUUAUGGGUACAGUGUUACAGGUAUGUUUUCCCACUCAUUUUCCAUUUAUUUGCACCUUUAUUCUGAGAAGGGAGUCGGUACAAUGCUGGUUUGUUUUAAUUUGUGUUUUAUUUUUUUAUUGUCGCUUUUUUUUUAAACACAAAUUAUUAUUUUUCUCAUAUCCAUAUGUAUACUUUUUUUGUUUGCUUUUUCUCCUUUUAAAGUUGUGUGAUCCUUGUUAAAGAUUUCAUUUGCUGCUUCAAAAUUAUUGUAAUUAGUUCUAUGGACAACUAAACCCAUUUUACUUAAAAAUUUAAUUUAAUCAAUAGGAUUUAAUUCAAUGGCACACUACAAUGAAGUUUAAUGAUGAUUUAAAUUAAUAUCUUGGAUUUCUAUGUUAUUCAAAAGAUUAAUAGCAAUUUAAGUUCAACCACUUAGAAAAUAUUAUUUUUGAAGAAAAAAAAAAUCUUGCAGACUUACAUUAUAAAUGCUGUCUUGGUAUAUAUAUUAAUAUAUAUAAGCAUACAUUCUCCUUAUCAAUUAUUAAUAUAUUAUAGGACCAAAAGCUAAUCACUUUUUAAUAAUGCUUUUUCUCAGUUUUCUCAUCAAUAAGAAUUAUUUGUGAGUAAUUAUAGGGAAAUAUAUAUAUAUCUGGUAAAUUUUAUUAUCUUUUUAUUUUAUGAAUAAAAAUUAUUAAUGCAACCAUUUCCUUUUGGAUUUUCACUGUUUAAGCCUGUUCACAAAAACCAUGGUAUUAGCUGCAAGUUCUUACACUAAUUUUUUGUGUCAAUAAAAGAAAACUUUUAAUAAUUCUAAAUAAAAAAUAAGAUAAUUCAUAAUAACUUUCUGUGCAUAAGACCUUUCUAAAAAAAUUUAAAAAUCUAGCACCUUUGCUUCUAUGCUGAUAACCUUUAGUGUUGUGUAACAUACAUAAAAUGCUAUUUACAUGAAGCAGCCUUGUAUCUAAUACCGUCCAUUAUACUGAUGUAUCCUAUUAUGCCAGAGUGGGUUUGUUUUGUUUUAUUUUAUUAUUUUUAAAAAGCAGCCUCUGUUAAAAAUUUUUUUGUUAUCAUUUUUGUUUGCAAAUUUAUUUUCUGGCCUAUCAGGUGCGAGUUCCAUGUAGGUCUGACAAGCUAAUAGGCUCAGCACAGCCCAAAACUGGGCAGAUGGUAAGAACGUUUAAUAGGAUAAACCUCCAAACAAAUUUGGGGUUAACAAAUUUACCAUGGAUUUAUGCAAUAAAAGCUACAAACUUUCUUUCAUUUCUUAAAAAGACUGGCCAAGAGUAAUGAAAUGUACCUUAUUCAGUUUAAUAACAGCAAUGACACAUCUUUUCAAGUUUUCUUUAAUUUAAUUGAGUUUUCUUUGUAAAUAAUUACAUCACUUUAACUGUAUUGAAUUCUUUUAUUUUGUCUUAUUUCUCCAUCUUAAUAUGCAUGGUUUCAUGUUUGGCUAGAAUUAGUAAGUCUGUAGGAAAAAUCACAAGUUGCACCUCUCAAUAAUAUCUACCCACUUGUUCCUUCUUUCUUAACAGAAAAAGUUUUUGAAUUUUGUACAGUCUAAUAUUCAAAUAUAAUGUUGCAAAGUCUCAUGCAUAAAAAACAAGAUUCUCACAUGCAUCAAAUUGUACAAAAGUACAACUCUACUGGAAAUAGCCUUGCCCAUUUGCCAGUGGCCAAAUAACCUGGCAUUCUUCCUGGCAAAUUGUUAAGGCAUACAUUAAAAUAAUUGCAAUUAGUAUUAACUGUACUGAUUAAUAUUACUUCAAAAGUAUAUUGUUUGAUAGUAACAUAUCAAAAACUACUUAUCAAAUGACAAUAUUGGUGUUGGUGGAAAUUGCAGAUGAAACGAGUAACAAAAUGUUCACAUAAUAAUAGUUACAGAAAAAACACAAGGUUGUUUAGUGCACAUGUCAUAUUAUGUUGCCUCCAAAUCUAUAAUAGGUAAUAUAUAUUGGAAGUAUAGAUAACAUAGCUACAUAAAGAGUUUAAUUUUAUUUGCAGUUAAAUUACAGACCCAGAAAACUGCAUGCUGGUCAUAAAUAUAUGCUUUUAUUACAAUAAUUAUUUUUAUGUUGCAACACAACACCCAUGGAUUAUUAAUUAUAAUAAUAUUAGAAAUGUUUUCAGAAGUUUCUUUAAAAAAAAUGUAAUUCACUACUUGUUUGAUAAUUUGCUAAUGACCAUGUUAUAUUCUUAUAACCUUAUUAUUGGAAGGGCAGAAGUGCCUUAAAAGAUUGAGACGUUUGUCUACUCCUAGAAUUUCAGAAUUUAAUUUGAUUGGCUAUUUGGCUCUAAUUUGAAAUCGUAGGCUUAAGUCAUUUAACUAUACUGUGUAAAGUUUACUUAAAAUAAUUGAAAAGGAGACUAGAAUAUUCUAAUUUUAUUCAUAAAUUACACCUUUCAUUAUAUUAAAUUGUAACUCAUGUUUAAAAUUUCUUAUGUCUUAAUCUUUUUUCAAAGCAUAAAUGCAGAAAAUUAUUUUCUUUGUUGGAAAAUAUUUUUAUUUUGCUCUUAAAGUACCAUAAAAAAAUAAAAUACUUCUUUGUUCAUAUAAAUUAUGUAUGAUAUGUGCAGGUAUUAAAAAUGUUAUCAUAAUUUGCAGCAUGCCAUUCCUGCCCACACUAUUCUACCAUCUUUACACGAAGUUGAUAUUUACAGGUAUUUGGACUGUAUACUUAAACAAAUGUCUCAUACAUUUUUUUGUUUUAAAUAAUACAAAAAAUCAUAGUCUAAAGUACGGUAGAUCAGUGGCCAUGUUUUUUUUUAUUGUAGUUUCAUUAAUAAAUCAAUUCAUAAAUAUAUCUCUGCACACUAACAAAAAGGAUGAUGCAAAAAUGAUAGCUUACACCUCAUGUAUUAUGGUUCAAAAUACGCUAAAAGUGUUAAAAAUCCCUGUCAGUAUGAAAUGCUAAUUUGAUGUGGGGAAAGUACUACAUUUAUUGCUUUAAUAUUGAGCAGACAAGAGUCGAUGCUCAAUCUUAUAAGUAAAAGUUUGGCUUUUAACUAAAAAUUUCAUUUGUGGGUUAUUAUCGUAACUUCUAUUUUUUAAUUCCAAAAAUAUGGAUUAGUAGGGCACUUUUCUUAACUGACAUGUUAUGAAAACUAAAUUUGUUUACCACUUUUAAAAUUGACUUCAUGAUGAGUGCACUCUGUUGAAGUUUCUCUCCUUUCAUUAAUUGUUUGAUAUGAAAGUAAAAUAAUUUCAGUAAUGUUCCCUUUUUUAUCUUUUUAUAAACAAAUGACUGUAAUCUAAGAUGCAUUUUAUUGGUUACCGUAUCUGAAAAAGGAAGCACUGUAUUUAUUCAAGAAUUUGCUUUUCAUAAAUUUCAAUAUUUUUUUUCAGUGCAUUUCUUAGUAUACUACCUCAUGUACAGCUUCUUUGGGAAUUAGUUCUUAUAGGAGAGGUACUAAAUUAAUUUUUAAUUAAUUGAAUUAUUUAGAACAAUUAUUUGUUAAAUUUAAAUGCUUUUUUCUACCAAAGUAAAUGUUUAUUGUUAUAAGCUUAAUUAAUAUUUUAAAUAGCCUGUCUGUAGGGCAAAGUAUAUCCUUAGAUUUGCUAUUUGAUCAAACUCCACAUGUUCUACAACUAUAAAGUUAUUCUGCUGUUAAUAUACAAAGUAAUGAAAUUUACAUGAUCACUCUUAUCUCAGCCUUCGUAACUCUAUUUAUGAAUGUUAUAUUUAUCAGAUUUAUAAGAUGCUUUAUAGAUGUUUUCAAAUGUAACUUUCAACAGCCAAUUGUAGUCAUGGCUUCAUCGCCUACGGUUACUUGCAGCACAGUCCAAGCACUAGUCAAGUAAAUUCCUUUUAAAAUUUAAUUGACUUGUGGGCAUUAAAAAAUUUUUAUCAGUGAAAAGACUUUAAAAAAGCUUUCUCAGUUUACGGCUUUUUAAAUGGAAACUGUUAUGACUUGUCAAAAAUGACCUAGCCUAUUUGAGACUAAUUAAACUAUUUAUUUUACAAUAGAAAAUCAUUACGUUAAAUUCUAGCCCUAACAUAUUUGAAAAACAUUUCAGUUUGAUAUUUAAUUCAGUGAGUGAUGGCAGCAUUAAAUAAUUGAUUUUAAGAAUUAACUUUUAAGACCUAAAAAAUAAAUGGUAUAUUAACUUUAAAUUUAACAGGCUUCAAAUUUUUUAAGUGCCAACUCAUCCAUUGUAUAAAUUUCUCAUGUUCUUUUUGUUUUAACAGCAUGAUAGCACCUCUCAAGUUUUGCAGCGACUUUAGGCCUUACUUUACCAUACAUGAUAGUGAAUUUAAAGAAUACACAACCAGAACACAAGCUCCGUAUGUACUGAGUCAUAUAAAUUAAUCUUAUUCUGAUGUUUAGACAUUUUUCUUUUGGAACCCUUAAAAUAUUUCAAUGGAAAAAAUAAGUACUUAUAUCUUUAUGUUAUUGUUAUAUUAUAUGAGUUAUAUAAAAUCAUUGAGUAAAUAUCUUCCUAGAUGUUAAAUUAUUGACUAAUAAUAAAGUCUUUGUUUUCACUAUAGACCACCAGUUAUUCUUGGAGUUACAAACCCGUUUUUUGCCAAAACUUUACAACAUUGGCCUCACAUUAUAAGGAUUGGUGAAAUGGGAUCUAUUGGUAAGAUUUUGAAGCCAUUUCAGCUCAAUACUUGCAUAAGAAUUGCUGCAUGUCAUAAAAUGGAUUAUAUAAAAUGCUAACUACUGAAAACUUUGGGUUUAAAUUUUAAUUGACAUUCUUGCUUUUAAAAUCAACAUCACUAAUUUGGGAUUUAAAUACAUAUUUUACUUAAUCAAUAUCUCUAUUAUUUUCUUUUUCUUUCUUCCCCUUUACAAUUAUUAUUUCAUGUGAUUUUGUUCUAAAAAUGUAUCAUAAAUGAUAAAUAAGAAAAUUCAUGAUUUAAGCUUGCAUUUCUCGGUUUAUGCUCCCAUGCAUGAUACAUAUUGAAGAAGAAAAAAAAAAGAUUUUAAAAUUAUUUUUUUUUUGUUUGACAAUUGCGGGUCUUAUCGAAUUUGUUGUUAGUUGGAUCAAUAAGUGAAAGUUCUUUAGAAAAUUAGCAAUUUCUUUGCCGUAUUAUUGAAGGGAGCUCUCCUAAACUUGCCAACAAAGUAAAGAAAGCAACUGCAUUGAAGACAUUGGAUUCAAAUCCAGGUUUGUCCCUGAUCUUUAACGAUGCAUGCAGUGUUUCUUAUUUUUUCAUUUAACAAUUUAAGACAAAUUAAAAGCCUGAUAUAUUCAAAUCUUUGGUCUGUGGAAAACAAUAGUUUUUAAAUUUAAGAAUAAUAUUUUAAAUUCUACUAAUAUUCUUUAAAAAUAUAUUUUGUUUCAUUUAUAAAAUUAAAAACCAAAACAUGUCAUAACUGAAAGACUAGACUAAUGAUCUAUCUUUGAUGAAUUUGGAUAAUUUCUUUUUAAAAAAUUAUUUGUUGCUUUAAUUAGUGCUACUUAAUACUGUUUACUGUUUUGAAUUAAGUUAACCCUUACAUCAAUUUUCACUGUGUAUGUUUUCACAUCUGCUAAAACCUCACCUUGUACUUAUAGUUAUAGAUGUAUAAUAUUUUUUGUAAAUAUAUUUAACUAUAACAUCCUCAGUUACAGUUAUUAGAUUUCAUGUGUUUUGUAGACCUAAAUGCAUACUCUAUCAGAAUUAACAUAGAAACUAUGAGAAAAAGAUAUCAAACUAAAUUCAAGAGAUUAAAAUGCCUCAAUAUGGUAUUACCGGUACAACAGCGUACUCAUGUGCAUUAAAUUUUAAGUUAGUAAAUUACAUAUUGCAGUGGCCAUUGGAUUAAUAAAUUAAUUAGACACAAACAACAUAUGCAAAUAAAACAAUAUAUGUUCAGCUUUAAAAAUGAUUUUACAAAAUUCAAAAGUAAAUGUUUCGGCAAAUGCCUUCUUCAGUACAAAUCUUGUUAUUAAUUUAUUUUUCAUAUUUGGUACGUUGACUCCAUAACGGUAUAAACCAAAUCCACAAUUUUAAGUUGCUGCCAUGUCUUUUUCCUGUUUAGUUUUGAAAUUUUAGUUCCACUCACUUCCUCAAAGUUCUUCUUAACUUUCUAAAGCUUAAAGGAAGGAUAAGACAAUAAACCCAUGGGAGCUGCCAUGCUGUUUGUUUUCUAAGCUGUCAACCAAAUUGGAACUAGAGGGCACCUGUCCCUGAAGUUUCAGCACGCCGUAUACCAGCUUAUAAGAUGACCCCCGGUGUAUAAGACGACCCCUGACUUUUGAAAAGAUUUUCUUGGGUUAAAAAGUCAUCUUAUAUGCCGGAAAAUACAAUGUUUUUUUUCCUUAUGGCUAAGUCAUAUUCAUAAUUUCUUAAUUAAGAAAGAAUGAUUGCUUUUAAACUGUAUACAACAAAUUUCAGGAAAGGGUAAAUUAGGUUUUAAGAAAUCAUUCUUAUUUUGAUAUAACCAUUAACAGGGUUAAGUAGAGGGUAAAUUUUUAGGUUUUACGAAAUCAUCCUUAUUUUGAAACAACUAUUAACAGGGUUAAGUAAAGGUUAAAUCAGGUUUUAUGAAAUCAUCCUUAUUUUGAAAUUUCCACAUCUUUUUGUUUUAAAUGUUGCAUUAAUUAUACUAACUCUUUAUGUGUAAUGCCUGUAAAUAAAUGGCUUAAAUGUUAUUUGUGUUUAUACGUUUCUUUGAAAAAAAAAAGCUUUUUCCUUACUCAAAAGUUAGAUUUAGCUGUUGUAAAAUUCACUAAUUACUUUGUCUUAUUAACAUGCUUCUUAUUAAAGGGUUGUAAAUUGUGUAAAUUCUAAACAGGGAAUUUUUUUGCCAAUGUAAAGAAAAUUUUGGUUGUUAUUUUUAAAAUUUGUUCCAGUUUACAGAUUGCUGUAAAACCAUUGUCACCCAUAUUUUAAUUUAAAUGCAUAUUACUCAACUUGAGUUCAUACAAAUAUUGUCAGAUAUUUAUAUUUUGUUCAAGUUUAAUAUUUGUUUUGAAAUGUCUGUGGUAUUUUGAUUUAUACCUUUCAAAAAUAGUAUUCCUUCAUGGAAGAGUAUUAGUGAUCUACUAAUGAAUAUCUAAAAAUCAAAGUGAACUACCAUAGUCCAUGAUCUGUGUAAAAUAUAUAUAUGUAAUGAUAUUUAAUUUUAGUCAAUAACACUUCGGCUCUUUUUUUUACUUUAACACAUAAAAGUAUUUUUAUCAAUAUCUUAAAAACAUGUUAUAAUAAAAGACUUUAAUGUCUGCUAGUAUUUAUGGAUGUGACAUUUAUAAUUUAUACUGAAAACUCAGUACAUUCGGGACAAAUUUCUGCCAUUCACAAUUAUUGAUUCUUAUGAGGAAGGGAAUUAAAAGAAUAUUCUUUUUAAAAUCAUUUCUCUUUCGUUUAGGAGUUUACACCCGCUACAAAUCUUUUCUCACCAAAGAUAAAAUGAUACUGAAGAGACUAAUGAAAGUAAGUUUUUGAUUUAUUUGGUUAGUGUUUUGAUUUAACUUUCAAAAUGUCUGCUAAUCAUUAAUUGCUAACAAAAAAUAUAUAUACAUAAAUAAAAAUUAAAAAGGCAAAAUUGAAUAAAAUUUUAUGUUUCAGGCUUUUUGUUAGGAUUCUGCUGAAAGUAUUUUUCAUUUCUGGUUAUAUUUACUGUCAGAAUUUAUAGUAAUGAUGACUGUUUAAAAAAAAGUUUGGUUUGAUUUUUUAAAUUUAGAAAUUCAAAAAAAUAAUGCAUUAACUAUGUCCAUAAACUGAAAAUUAAAAAGAUAUUUUCACACUGGAAAUUUAUUUGCUUUUUCAUCAAAUAACUUUUCAAUAUUUAUAUCUGUUACAGGGUGCUCAGUCAAAGAGACCUGUUGAGGCACAAAAUGCAAUUCUGAGGAGGCAUCUCUUAGAAGUGACACAAAGUUUUAUGAUUCCUCUAGUAAGUACAGAAGAGAAAUUGUUAUCAUUAUACUCCUAUAGCCAUACCUAAAAUUGUUUUUAAAAAAAUAAAUGCUAAUUUUGUAAACAUGAAUAAGAACAAAUCAUCUGUUUAAAUUUUUAAAACUAUUUCUGCUUUAAUAAAAUAUAAUAUCUACAAGAUUAUUGAUUCCAUCAACCUAUAGUCUAUAUUAAGUUUCUGCUGUGCUUUACUUUAUUUUAAUUAUUUUGAAAAAAAUUUUUUUGUGUUACUCUAGAUGUGUUGGGUACAGGAGUGAGAUGAUGAAUGCAUAGGUUAAAAAAUGUUCACCUUUUUUGAGCUUCAUUUGUUGAAAGGUGUCUUCUAUUUUUAGUCCAUCCCAUUUUAUACAUUUGCAUUUAAAAAAAUCUUUUUUAUAAAGCUCAUAUUCAUAUAAAAGUUGACAAAAUUUAAAUUUAUGAAGUAUUUAUUACUAUUUUGAUUAUUCCUAGGAAAGGUACAUGGCAAGCUUGAUGCCACUCCAACGAAAUAUUUCACCCCACAAGGUAAAAAUUUGUAUUUGCCUUUUAACUAUAUUCAUUUUAGGUAAAUAUUUGAGGCAAAUUAUUAUGUCCUAUAUUUUGGAAUCAACAUUCUUACUUCCUAAAAAGUUUUGCCUGACACAUUCUCUGUGGAUAUUUUUUUCUCAUUCAAUAUAAUCUUUAUUAUGAAUGCAGCCUGUUUCAGCCUUAACUUAUACUUAUUUAUUCUAAACAAUCUGACUGGAUAUUUUAUACAAAAUUAAUAUUUUGAAAAUCCUUAUUAAGCCUCCUAGCUGGACCUUUUUUUUUACAAGGGUGACACAACUUUGAAACAUGUAGUUAACUAUCACAGUACGGUACCUGAAAACUUACAUGCAUUAAAUUUGUGAAGAAAAAAAUAACCUGGAAUUUUUUUACUUCUCAGUUGUACAUAUUGAUAAUUUUUAAACUUUUUAAAAUAACUGCUUGUAUUUUACUAAACAUAAUCAUAAAAUUUUUUAUAGGGUCCACCAAGACUUCGCCCAUUUGACCCUGAAAAGUUCUUAGAAACAGUUGAACAUUCAGGUCCUCAGUUAACAUGUGGAAUCAAAGGAGAUUGGGAAUCUUUAUAUAGGUAAGUUUUGUUGUUACCGGUAAUCUUUCUGAAGUCUAUUUUUUUUUAAAUAUGUGAGAAUUCAAGUGACAGUUUAAUCAUAGAUUAAUACUUCAGUUCACUAUUUAAUUGAUGGUCUAGUUACAAAUCUAUCAGUCUAAAAAAAAUAAUUAAGCUCGCCUUUUUUCCAUUCAUAAACUCCUUUAAAUGCUUUAAUAAAUUAAACCCAAAGUGCCAUGAUGUAUACAGAUUUAACAAUAGCAAUAGUUCCGAAUUUUCAAUAUGAUAUUCUAAAACUUGAUUCGAUGCUGUGUUUUAAUACUGUAUAGUUAUAUAUAACUAAGCAGAAAGUGGGCAAACUGUUCUACCUAAGGCCAUGUGACAAUUGCAAGGUUUAGUUUUUAGUGAGCCUACCUUGAAUGUUAAUUCUACUUUUAUAUAUAUUUCAGAACAUUUUUGUAGUGGCUAAUUUUCUAUCAUCAUUCUAAAAAUCAUUUAGAUUUAGCAUCUUUCUUUAACUCUUUUUGCAAUAUUUCAUUUUAAUUUCAUAUCUUUUUAGUUCAAUUUUUUACAUUUACUUAGGCGCUUUUUUAGAUCACCAAAUUUUGAAGGCUGGUAUUAUCAAAGACAGAAAGAAGUGAAUCAAAAGUUGCAACUUCUCCAUCUAGAAGCACUAAGCAAUGCUGUAAGUAACAAAUAUUUUAUUUUAAUGCUCUGAUAAUUCUAGAAGCUUUUUAAGAUUUUUAAGACACAUUUAAUAAAAGUGCAAUGCUGAUUUAUGCCAAGUUGUUAAAAGGGAUUGCAUAAAAGAUGAACUGUAUGAUGUUUGGGUUAAGUUUCAGUUAGAUACCAUGUCAAUUACCAGUAAAAUUCAGUUAGAAACUAUGUCAAUUACCAGUAAAGAAAUGUAUUUAAAUGUUUUCAGAACCUCUCAGAAUGGAUUGUUGACAAAGAAGAAGUAGAAAUUGUUGAUCUCAUUCUUAAAAUAAAAGAAAAACUGGUAUGUAAUAAGAUUAAGUUUUUUUUAAAAAUUAUUCGCAAUGAAAAAGUAAUGCAGUCUAAAGAAAAGAAAUCUAUUUAAACCGUUCAGUAUCGUAACGUCAGACCUGUUCACUAUUACAACUUUGAAUUUCAUUUACGAUUGUAAGCCAAGACCUGUCAGAUCUACAAUUUUAAGAGAUGGUUGAAAAUAUGUACAUUCUGGUAGUUUUUCUGAUUUAAAAAAAAAAAGAGUACAUUUUGGGUUGUUAGUUUUUGCUCCUUUCUACUUCCAGCAGUGAAUGAAUAGAGAAAUAUGAUUUUAAAUUUGCCCUGAGAAGGAAAGAUGGUGUUGUUGAUUUAGGAGAUUUUUGUAUAGGGGUUGCAGGGUGGGGGGGCUCUAAAUAUUUAAAUCGGUUAGCAGAGUGGGAGAUGAGCUGGGACAUGGAAUUUCAUCCCGUCAAGUGCCAGACCCUGUCAGUGUCCAGAAGCAGAUCCCCUCUACACCAUCCUUACGAAUUGCAUGGCCAUAUUCUUGAGCAACGUUUUCUCUGUUAGGUACCUGGGUGUUACCAUUUAGAGAGAGGUCCGCUGGGACAAUCACGUUAACAAUGUGUGCAACAGGGAAAACAAGACCCUAGGGUUCCUAAGGCAAAAUUUGAAGAAUGGCAACUCGAGCAUGAAAGAAAAAGCCUAUAAAUUAUAAAGCCUUUGUCCGGCCGCUUUUAAAGUACCCAUCUUCAGUCUGGGACCCAUUUACCAAGAAGAGCAUCGACAGGUUGGAGGCGGUCCAACGACGGGCAGCACGCUUUGUCCUGAACUGCUAUAGAAACACCUCAAGUGUUGGCAGCAUGCUGGAAACACUGGGCUGGUCACCAUUGGAAGAACGACGACGACUAUCCAGGGUCUCCAUGUUGUACAAGAUCAAUAAUGGGCUGGUCCACUGCUCCAGCAUUAAACAGAACUCGUCCAUCUCCCCCCUAGACAGCGACGAGGCCACGACAGAUAGUUCCGGCUUAUAAAAACAAGAACUCAGUACAGAAGCUCCUCAUACCUGCCAAAAACAAUAACGGACUGGAACAAGCUUCCAAAAGCAAUAGUUGAGGCGACUACACUUGCGUCUUUUGCCUCCUGUCUUCCAACCCCAUGUUCAUAAUAGCACUACUGAGUAGCCAUGUACACGAACUGUGCGCCAAGGCUUUACAAAAACUGGGCUUGGUGAAAAAGCUGGCUUGUACUAAAUGGGGUGCAGAUGCAAGACUGUUGAGGUCGCUCUAUCUUAGCAGUGUGAGAGGAACAAUGGACUACAGUUUGCCCGUCCUAGCCUUCGCGAGCCAAACGGCUCUAAAGGAACUGGACCGCAUCCAAAACCGUGCUCUAAGGUUUGUAUGCGGGGCAAUACGGACCACACCCACGGCGGCGGUGGAGAUCAUGGCCAAUGUCGAACCGCUCGAGGUCAGGCGGGAGAAGGAAGUCCUUGCGACGGUAGAACGUUACCGCCGCAUGGAAAGAGAAGAUCCCUGUUUCCCACUGCAGGACGAAUGGGAGAAAAAGUCCAGAUUGAAGCGACCAUCCUUCAAGGACAUGGUGCACAGUCUUGAAAAAGACGUUAUUCUGCACAGAAACAGGGAAAAAGUGGUGAAAGUGAUCCCCGCGCGGGGGCCUCACAAAAGCCUUCCCCUACCAGACAUCCGACUGGAAAUGAUUGACACCAAAGCCAGCGAAGGCAGUCCUCAAUUAGAACCAUCAGAGGCUGUACGACGCACGAUUGAAGCCUACCCGAACAGCUUGGUUAAAGUCUUUACAGACGGCUCAUGUUUCACGGGGGAAAAGCGUUGCGGCUACCGUGUCCUCAUCCAGUAUCCCGCAGAGAUAGCUCCACCCGAGGAGCUAUCAGGCCCAUGCGGUAGGAAUGCAACGAGCCUCGAUGCGGAAAUUGAGGCGAUACUGGUAGCUCUUAAGAGGUUAAACCAAAGGCUGGCGAAACGAAAGUCCUUCCCGGACGUUGUGGUCUUCACCGACUCUCGUUCUGCUCUCGAACUCAUGGGGGAGAGAUCGGUGGGCUCCACAAAGAUCACUGCCAUUCUGGAGACAGUAAGCUCCAUCCAAGCACAUGGCCCUAAGGUAAUCUUACAGUUUAUCACUUCGCGCUCAGAGGCGUCGCUUCUUGACAGGGCAGACUUUUUAGCCCAAGAAGGCGCAGCCCUACCUCAACCAGAUAAACCCAUGACUCAGCUCGGAGUCACUGCCUGGUUGAAAGACCAUUUCAAGGGAAAAUGGCACGGAAAGUGGGACACGGCCACUACUGGACGACAGCUUUACCAGAAAUUUCAGCGGCCGAGCAAAAGCGACCCAUGGUGGAAGCUUAGUCGUGGAGAACAAAGCCUUAUCACACAGAUGAGAACUGGGCACUGCGCUACGCGCAGUUAUCUCCACAGACUCGACAACAGAAGGGAACCUUUGUGCCGAUAAUGUGGACUCGAAGAGGAGACAGUAGCCCACUUGGUUGUCACGUGUCCGAAUAGUGGGACGGGGGCCGACGGUAGGAAUUCGGAGACCUGCCUAAAUGAUCUCCUUUACGGAAGCGCCCAGCAGAUGAGGCGCGCCGUGGAAAUCGUGUCCAGGGUCCUAAGAGAUUGAAUCUCGACCCUUUUGAGUAUUGAUCUUUAUUAGUAGCCCUUGCAACCAGUGAAGUAUUUCCUUCAAAACUAUGCACAGUAACCUGUGAAACAUCGCGAACCCAUCUGAAACAUAGGAGCCAGAAUGAUCAAUUCAUUGAUCGUGGGCCCUCAAAAUAUAGAAGAAAAUAUAGAAUAAGAAAUCUAUAAAAGCACCACCAUGUUUUUGUUAUGAUGGUCAUAUUCAUAUUGUUGGUUUGUUUUCAUUAUGAAUUGGCUAGACACAGCAACAGUAAUUUUAGUGUAGUUGCCUUAGUGAUAAUUUUAGUCAAUAUUUACUUUUGUUUGCUUCAGGGCCUUAUGAAAUAAUUUAGUGACAUAAUAUUUCUUUCUGCUGAACCGAAAACAGAAAGCUAGUAAUACAAAAAUAUACAGAUAAAUUUAGAGAAAAUAUGAGUUUUAAUUGAAAUAAGUCUACAUAAGGACCAGUUGCACCUAAAAUUCUUCAGGUUAAAAAUAAACGCAAUUGGUUAGUUGAGUCAGAUCUAUGAUUAUCUUCUGACCCAUCUGGGAUAUAAAAAUGUUGAACUAAUUCAAUAACAAAAUCAUUCUAUUUCAUUACCGGUAUCUAUUUCUGCUUUAAUAAAUUCAAUACUGCCGAUACUAAUGGUAGAGGUAUUUGCAUUUUGAAGCGAUCUAGAAGGGCAAACGCCAUAAAACUUAGAUCUACAAAGCACUAUUUAAAAAAAAAUAAAAAAAUCAAAAGUGACAUAAAAUCCAGAGCACAGCCACCAAACCCCAACAAAACAGGCGUUCCUGUUUAUAAAUAGGUUCUUUGUAACUGUAACUCUUUAAAAAAUAAAGUUACUAUCAUGAGGCAAUGUUUAAAAUGAUGUGUCCCUUACAUCUGGAUUAGACCUUAAUGCAACUGAAAAUACUGAAAUGUAAAGGCCAGAAAGCAGUAAUGCCACUGAAAGGGUUAAUGUUUAUUUUCUGCUGCAAAAUUUUUUUUUAUGAAGUAGGAAGAGAAAAAAAACUAUUCAGCUGCCUUUUACUUUUAAACUGGAUAUUCAUUUUUUAUAAUUUACACUAGAGUAGCAGCAGAGUAUAUAAAAAAGUUUAUUGUUUUUAUUUUCAGACUUUUGCUAAUCACAACCAUGGUAUAGUGGGCAAGGAAAGUAUUUUUCGUUUACAGAAACAAUUAGAGGACAUUGUCUCCACACUGCCUGAUGAUCUUCAAAGUGUGAUCAAAACAUGACACAAGGUUCCAGUUAACUACCACAACUGUAAUUAAAUGUGUGAAUUGUUUUUAUCAGAUAUGGAUUCUCAUGGUGGAUUCUUGAAAAAAAUCUAGCCAAGAUCCAUGACAUUUAUGUAAAUGAGCAUAAAAACACAGUAAAAAGGAGAAUGGCAUUAUGAAUGUCAUUGCUGCAUGGAGUUUUAUAGCAAUCUAACUAGCCAAGUCAGGCAGGGAUGUGCUGUAAAUCUGGAAGUGAAGUUGUUUUGACAUGACAGUUAAUUUGAAUGGUGAGCUUGGAAAUAAUUUAUUUGGAACACUUGCAGAAGUUACAGCUCCAAAGCUUUAACCAUUUAAAGGCAGCUCUAUAACUACUAGUACAAUAAAAGAGGGUGUUUAGAUAAUAUGACCAUUAAAAACCUAAUUGUGAUAGGAUUUUAUUGAAUAUUUCUACACAACUUAUUCAUGAAGGAUACUGGCAGCCAUCAGUUCAGCAUUUUAUGCAUUCUAAUGAAUUAAUGCAUUAAAUGUUACUCCAAAUUCAUCUAUAAGAUUAUUUAUGGAACUACAAAAAAUAGUAAAAUUACCUUUGUGUGAGUGUGACAUUGUUUAAGGUAGAAUCUUAUCUUGAAAUAAGAACUAUGACUACAACACAAUCAUUUCAAUACCGGGUAUUCAUUUUUAGUUACCUCUCACAACAUAAAAGGGAAUUUAUAAUCUGCCCCCAAAAAGGGCCAUUGGUACUCUGAAGGAAGAGCUAGGAUAAAAUAUUUUAGAGUGUGAGAGUUAGCAAUGAAUUGCCUUGCAAGUGCUGACAUCUUUUUAAACAUAUGGGCGAUUCUCACGGAGUGUUAAAAAAAUGACACAAGGGAAAUCUAAUGGUGGCUACAAAAUCCUGUGAUCUAAAUGGCAAAAAUGUGAAUUGAAAUUUUGUUCAUAAUUGUUGUUUUUAGGUAUUAUUAAAAGAUUACAUAUGUUAUUUCUUAAGCAUCGACAACUUUCAGACCAUCAAAGUACUGUAGUACUGUGAAACCAUUUCAGUAUAGACCUCUAAGAAUCGAUCUCUUUAUAUUUUAUUUAUUCUAUUUUAAUUAACCUCUGCAGUACUACUAACAUCCAUUGUUCAGAACCUAUUGCAAAUAUCACAUCUGCCUCCAAAGUUAAUGUCACUCAUAAAAUUUUACCCAGGAAGUCGAAAAUAAUUUGCGUAGUAAGGAGGUUAAGACAAAGGAAUAUUUAAUCAUGAUGUUCUGAUAAUUUAAUAAACAUAAUAAUUAUUUAAUCAUUAGGCAAUGUUGACUAACUGCCAUACUUUCUAGAGAUUGGGGUCAUCUAUAUAUGAUGCACACAAACAUUUCCUAUACCGGUAUUCAAUUUUUAUGCCCCAGCCCACCUCUCCCAGCACCCUUAACCAUUUUUGACACUAACCUCAUUCAUUCCUUCAAAUAAGUUUUAUUACUGUUAUAGUAAGGUUAAGUUUGAAUAUAUGGUUAGACAUUAUUCCCCCAACAAAAUAAAAUGUAAUUUUUUUUUAUCAACAAAAACCUCAAGUUUUGUAAUAAUCCUCAAUAAUCAGUUAAUUUUGAUGUUGUGAAUAAAUUUUAUUUCAAAUUAAAACAAGCAAAUGUACUGGUACAUUUAAAUGGAGGUUAGUAAAUUUCAGUCUCAGCUGGAGAUUAACAAAUUACCAGGUAAACAUUUUUUUGCUGUUUGUUUUGUUUGAAGGACCCAAAAAAAAAUACCCUAAUCCAAUCAACACCUUUCAUUUUGAGCACUGGUACCUUUACAAAGCAUUGUUGUAUCUCAAUGCUAAAAAAAUUAUGUGGUCAGGAUUGUUACUUAGUUUUGUUAUAUUUAUGGAAGCA